AUGAACUCCCUCCCGCUAGAGACCUUACAGCGGAUCUUCGAACUUGCCUGUACCGAUGGCGGGCGCACGGGCAACUCGCUAUCCCUCACGUCGAAGGGGGUCCGUUCCGCCGCUCGGACAGCACGCUUUCGCUCCGUCAUACUCAACGUCAACCAUCGCCCCCUCCAGAGCUUCAUGGCACUAUACGAGCGCGAAUGCGAUCCCGCGCUGGGGGACAAACUUCGCAUUCAGCACCUAUACCUCACGUUCCCCAGUAUCGGCGGCACGGGUACACGUCCCAGGAACGCAAGUCGACGCUCCCUUUCUCCGUCUUCACGUAGGGAACAUAGUCUGUCCUACGAAUCUGCACAUUCGAGCUCUCCUGCACGGUCGCAGUCGCGGCCGCGGUCUCGUCAUCGCACGAUCUCGCGCACGGCAUCCUCCGAAGAUAUCGCACCCCCAUCGGACGGCCUCGAGACCGAGGAUGGGGACAUCUAUGUAUGCGAGUGGCCUUCGCGCGGACGUCAGCGCACCCCCGAUACAAUAGCCUCGCCAGGCUACCUCGCGGCCGUGCGGACACUCUUCCGCCUCAGCGCACCCGACCUCCAAACCCUCGCUAUCAAAAGCGGGGACUCCUUUGGCGGUCAGCUCGAACUCCCCUGCAUCGAGCAGCCGCUCCCGAAUCUCCGCGAGCUCGCACUUGUAGAUGUCAGAGAGCCGAGGGCGCUCUUCGCAGAGGGCACGAGUGGGGCCCCACUAUUCCCCCACCUCACGCACCUGCACAUCGUCUCCGACUUCACCGUGAGCGACCUCGCCUUCCCGAUGUGGGCGGCGCACGCCCCGCGCCUCACGCACCUGCGCGUCACUGGCGUCACCAGCGGACACGUCCCGCAACUGGCACAGGCGGUCGGGAUCAUGUUACUCGAACACCACCCCCCUGUGAUUGUGGACAUCCCCGGGAGCUACAACCCGCCGAGCCCCCCACCGCCGCCUCGGCCCAGGACAAAUCCGCGCGUACGAGAGCUGGUGAUGCAGCCGUGUCCGGCGCCGCGGGGAGGCCUCUGUGGUAACCCGAUGAUUGAGCACGACGAGAUGGUCGACGAUUUGCAGCAGAUCGAGCGGGAGUGUCGAGGGUCGGGGAUUCGCGUAGCCGUGCUAUUACCCACGAAUGAUGCAGACGGGCGCGAGGACGUGGCCGAGCAGGCGCAGGAGGACUGGGUGGAACGGAUACAUCCAGGGGGUGAUGCAACAGGAUGCUGGCCGGGGUUGCUCUACGUGAGGGAUGUGUUGACCUAUGAUGAUGACGAUGCCGACCUGCAGUUGUUUUUAUGACACUUUGCCCCUCGCCCCCUUAGAUCACACACAAUAUUUAAUUUCGUCGAGAGGGUUGUGUAGUACUAUAGCUAGUGAGUGUGUUUCACGAACCUCCUUCAAAACA